AUGAAAACUAUUAGAAGCCUGUUAAAGCAAAUGGUCAACAAUGAGGUUGAACCUGAUGUUUUCGCCUUGAAUUCUAUGAGAAAAGGGUAUGUGCUCUCGCUUCAUGUUAAUGACGCCCUCAGAAUAUUUCAUCAGAUGGGUAUGGUCUAUAACUACCAGGCCACUUCAUUCUCUUAUGACUAUCUAAUCCAUGAGAUGUGUGUCCAAAGCCGAACACACAAUGCAAGGGAGCUGUGCACUGAAAUGAAGAAGAUGGAUGAAAACCAAAGGUCAGUUAAUUUCAUCACCUAUCGGAUGGUCCUAAGGUCUUCCGACAACAAAGGUUUGGAGAAAAAAAAAUGCCUAAAUGGAAUUGUAAAGUACUGCUGGUUUGUGCCACAUUCUGAUAUGUGA